AUGGCUGCGUAUGCUUUGGGGCCAAAGUCUGUUGACUUUGACAAAGUAUGGGGAAAUUUGCAACCUUCCGUAAUUGAGAUCAUGAAUUUACAUCCGAUGACCAAAAAGGAUUGGGAUGACAAGUUUCAUGAUGUAUACGACAUCUGUGUUGCUAUCCCGGAGCCAUUGAGUAGUCGUUUAUACUCGUCCAUGAGGAGAUGCAUAGAAACACAUGUGAAAACUCUAUACGAGAAAAUAGCCACAGUCCCAUCCGACGAGCUAUUAAAUCAGUACUACUCGAUGUGGAAGAUUUACUAUAAAGGAGCAAACUACGUUCACCGCUUAUUCGGAUACCUCAAUAAUCAAUUCGUUAAAUCCAAACGAUCUGUGGAAGGGGAUGCUUACGCUAAUUAUGCUAGCUUUCUGCAGAAACCUGAUGUGAAAGAAAUUGGAUGUUUGGCUAUGGAUAUCUGGAAAGAACACCUGAUAGAGCCUAUUCUCGACAAACUGGUCAAUCUACUUUUGGCCGCAAUUGGACAGGAUCGACUUGGAAACGUUCCACCGAACAAAGAUGUCAUAGCUGGAGUGAUAUCCUCUUUCCUGCAGAUUGAAGAGUUCGAAUAUUCGCCAAGUGAGCCGGUUGCUCUUGGUGUGAAACUGAAUUACAGGGAGCCACCAAGAGAGUUUUAUCAAGAGGCUUUCGAAUCAAGGUUUUUGGCGUCAACUGAAGAGUACUACUCGGGUUUAGCGCAAAAACUUCUUGCGGACCUGACUUGCAGCAAAUACAUGGAAGCUGUGAUUGAAGCACUUGAAGCUGAGGAGCGGCGUUCCGCUACUUACGUCAGCCAGUCCAGUGUUUCAAAGGUUAUCCGACUGUGUCAAGAUGUAAUGAUUAAUGCACAUAAAGACAAAUUGCACGCGGUUUGUCAUGAAUUGAUUACAAAUGAGGAAAGAAAAGAUUUGCGUAACAUGUAUCGGCUGUUGAAACCAAUACCAUCUGGGCUUCUUGUGAUGGCCAAAGAGUUUGAGGACUACGUUCGCAAGAAAGGUCUUGAUCUGAUUUCGACAAUUUCUGGAGAAAAUGUCCCACAACAGUUUGUGGAUAAUGUAUUGAAGGUUCAUGAGAAAUUCCAUGCAAUGAAAACUGAAGUGUUCAUGGACGAUGGUGACUUUGCAGGAGCUCUUGAUAAGGCACUACAAAGCGUUGUAAACGUGAAAGAAGGAAGUGGACCUCCUAAAGCCAGUGAAAGAUUGGCACGAUAUACGGAUAAUUUAUUGCGUAAAUCAGCAAAAGGAAUGAGCGAGUCGGAAGUGGAUCUGCAGUUGAGCAAGGCAAUUGUCAUUUUCCGGUACAUUGAAGAUAAAGACGUGUUCCAGAAGUACUACUCAAAAAUGUUGGCAUCACGUCUCAUUAUGGGAUUUUCUGUAGCAAUGGAUGCCGAAGAAGCUAUGAUUAACAAAUUAAAGCAAGCAUGCGGCUACGAAUUCACCAGCAAGUUAUCGCGAAUGUUCACAGACAUUGGUUUGAGUAACGAGUUGGCCGAUAAGUUUAAUAAGCACCUUGAAAGUACGCACACGUCAGUGCAGGUGUCGAUGCAACCGUUGGUGUUGCAAGCUGGAUCAUGGCCGCUUUCUGCUCCUCAAGCUGGAUCCAACAACGGAAACUCGGAUACAACUUCAUUCAUACUGCCAGCGAUAUUACAACCGUCCAUAUCAGAAUUUGAGAAGUACUACAUUGGAGCACAUAAUGGCAGGAAGCUCACAUGGUUGUUCAACAUGUCGCAUGGAGAGCUACGAUUGACUUAUCUGGACAAGCCUUAUUUGAUAUCAAUGAGUGUUCACCAAAUGUCCGUGAUCCUUUGUUUCCAAGACAAGGACACAAUUUCCGUUUCUGACAUAUCUGUGGCGACGGGUAUAUGCGGAGACACGCUGAUUCGAAAUGUUCGAUCGAUUUUGGAUGCAAAUAUACUUACAACAACUAGUAAGGACUUGAAUGAAACAGCAGAAAUGUCAUUGAACAAGACCCUGACAUGUAAGCGACUGAGGUUCAGGCUAACAGCACCACAAAUUAUAAAAAACGCUGAGAAAGAGGCGGAAUCUGUCAGCAAUACGGUUACUCAUGAUCGCAAAUAUUAUAUGGAAUGUGCAAUUGUACGAAUCAUGAAAACAAGAAAAGUGUUGAAGCACAAUGCUUUAAUUAGUGAGGUUGUCGAACAAACCAGGAGCAGAUUCACGCCGGAUGUGGCAUUUAUCAAGAAGAGUAUAGAGGAUCUUAUAGAAAAGUUGUACAUUCAAAGGACAGACCAAAAUGACGAAUACCAAUAUCUUGCAUGA